AUGGCCACUCCCGCAACGAGGCUGGGCGUGGAAGCUGUGCGAGCGAACCCCAUGGCACCCCCCAAGGCCCGAUACAAGCAGCUCCUGCACUUUGCGUCGAGGCUGGACCCGUUGCCCGCCGAGUUCCACACCCCGGAGCACAAGGUGGAGGGCUGCGUGUCGCAGGUGUGGGUGGCCGCCCAGCUCGACCGCGCGGCCAACACGCUCUCCUGGCGCGCGGACUCCGACUCCCAGCUGACCAAGGGCCUGGCAGCGCUGCUGGUGGUGGGCCUGAGCGGGUUGAGCCCGCAGGAGACGGUCCAGAUCUCGCCCGACUUCAUCACCUCCCUGGGCUUCCAGCAGGCCCUCACGCCCUCCCGCAACAACGGCUUCCUCAACAUGUUCCGGCUCAUGCAGCGAAAGGCGCUGGACCUGUGCCUGCUGCAGGGAGGCAAGGCAGGGGCCUCGCCCGGCCACGGCCCUGGCGCGGCUACCACCGGCGCAGCAGCCGGGGAGGAGGCCGCCGGACCUGGCCGGCCCAGGGGCGGGGGGGAGGCUGCACCCCAGCCUGGGGAUGCAGCUGCGGAGCCAUCGGCCUCAGAGCAGCAGCACAUGGGCCCCGUGGCGGCAAGCAUGCGCAGGAAGCUGCAGGACGCCUUCCAGCCUCUGAGGCUGGAGCUCGUGGAUGAGUCGGGGAAGCACGCACACCAUGCCGGUGUCAGGAGCAUGGGCAAGGCGGGCCAGAAGGGCGAGACCCACUUCGCACUCAGCAUUGUGUCGCCGCGGUUCCAGGGCCUGUCCACCCUGAAACGGCACCGGCUCGUGUAUGCGUCUCUGGCGGAGGAGCUGGCGGGGUCGGUGCAUGCGCUGCAGAUGAACACGCAGACGCCGGAGGAGGCGGGGGUGGUGUGA